AUGGUGCCUGACUACGAGGUCAGGUUCCUGCUCAAGCCAACCGCAGUACUUAGCUCCGAAAAUGAGCUAACGGGCACGGUCCUAUCGACCUUCGAUAUGAACCCCAUCGCCACAAAGAUUAAUGUCCAGUUUCUUGACAAGAGCUCCAAAGAGAUAUACAACGCCGGUUGGAGCGCUCGCAUCCGCAAGGUCGAAAACGAGAACCUCGAGCUCACAUAUAAGAAAAGGUAUGCCAUCAAGGGCGGCGACGUUGAUGCCGCCCUUGUUAUGGCUGAGAACGAUGGCUUCAACGAUGGCAGCGCGAAGUACAAAGCGCAAGUCGAAUGGGGUUAUCUAAAGCAGACACUUUCAGUUAGCCGCAAAAAAACAGUGGCGGGUUCUGAGGAUACUGAAAUUAAUCUACCGGAGACGAACGACUCGCGCAAUAUGUUAAUAAACGAAGCACCGGCCAAGUUUGAUAAUUCGAUUUCCGAUAACUGGGGUACCAAAGCCUUAGCAGAGUCGCGGAUUUUCGGCCCGAUCCUUGUUAAGCGCUUUAUUGGUUUGUGGAAUAAGAUUCCGCUAUAUCUCGAGAUCUGGCCGCUCCGGAAUCUCGAUGGUACGGGGAUCGACUACAUCGUCGAGGCUUCUUUUAAGACAAAAGAUCGCGAUAUAGCUUCGGAUGAGCGGACUAAUUUAACCGCUAACUUGGAGAGUGGAGUCUACUUCCCUCUGGCUUUUUAUGAUAGUAACGGCGUGUGGCUUAGCGGUGUGGUACUAGCCACCACGGUGUGGUAG